AAAACAAGGUGUGGCAGCGACUGUGAUGUGGUAGAAGGCUGAGAAAGCAUCACGAGAGCACAGAGAUAAUGUUUGCUUGUUGAAGUGCUUGGAUCCAAUAAUAUCGCCAGAUUUGAAUUUAUUAAAGCAGGAGUCCAGUCUAUUCUGGUUGGCAACGAAGGUCUCAAAGAGCAGAAUGGAGUCUCCAUCUGUGUUUUUCCUAAUCCUGACCACGUUGACUUUUACAGAUCAUGUGCACAACCAACGCAUUCAUGCUUCUGUGAACCCCUUACCAGUGGGCAGCAACGUGACUCUCAGCAGCGACACCAACAUUACCUUGGGGUCAUGGAUGUUCAACGGAAGUAAUCUGGUGUUCAUUUACCCUGGAGGUUAUGUGUUAUAUAAAAAUAGAACUGAAAGGAUAAUAUCUAAGAGCCCGUCAUCUCUGACUAUAACAUCAGCAAGACUAACUGACUCUGGAUUGUACAAAUUAGAAGAAAUUAAUGUGUUUUCUGUUGAGUUAGAGCUAUCAGUCCAAGAGCAAAUUUCAAAUGCGACUUUAUCAGCAAAAACAACAGAUCUGGUGGAGUUCAUUGACACAGCAGUCCUCAUGUGCUCAGUGUCCACCGGCACGUCUUUGUCCUAUAAAUGGUUGGCUGGAAACUCUACCAUAUCAAGCGGACCACGUAUGCAGCUCAGCAAUGGAGGUGCCACAAUUAGCAUAGUCGGGGUGACCCACUAUGAUCAGGGGCCAUACAGGUGCAACGUGUCCAAUGGAGUUGGAUAUGAUGUCAGCCCUCCUCUUACUCUGAACAUCAGUUAUGGUCCAAGUAAUACAACCGUGAAAGUCAUGCCUGAUCUGUACAUGCACAGAUCAGGAUCUGACAUCACACUGUCAUGUUCAGCGGAUUCCAGGCCCACAGCGACGUUCCAGUGGAUGUUCAAUGAAGUUUACCUUAACCGGUCGUCUUCCAAGCUUGACCUGCAGAAUAUUAAAGAAAACAACUCAGGAAUUUAUAAAUGUGUAUCUUACAACCCGGUCACAAUGAGGUUCAACAAUAACACUAGAGAGAUCCGAGUGAUGGAUCCUGUAACAGCAGUUGACAUUAUUAACAAUGGCGGCCUAGCAAUAGUCGAUAAGAUGUUUAUUCUGCAAUGUGAAGUGACUGGACCUUUGGUUAGCAUCCAGUGGUGGAAAAAUGACACCCCAAUUGCUCCUGACAAUAGAACUGUCUUCGGCAACAAGACUCUGACACUCAAUCCGGUUCAAAGAUCAGAUGAUGGACUCUAUAAGUGUUACGCCGUUAAUCUCGUGAGCAACAUGACCAGCGACCCCUUUGCAGUUGAAGUCAAUUAUGGACCAGAGAUGCCAAGUAUUACGGGACCAAAUGUGGUGAAGUCAGGAAACACGGUUACACUCAGAUGCUGGGCAAUAUCCGUUCCACAGAGUCAAUACAGAUGGUUCUUCAAUGGUUCUCUGGUCUCCAACAAGUCUGAGUUUAUGACACCUCCUCUCACUAAAACAAUGAGCGGAGAUUAUAUCUGCAUGGCCUUAAACAACAUCACUGAUAAAAACAGCACUGCCAGCAUAAAGCUUACAGUUAUUGAUCCAAUACAAAAUGUAAGUAUUGAAGAACUGAGUAAUCCUGCCGUGGAGGGUAAUUCACAUACUUUAACUUGCAACAUAAUUGGUCCAGCUGAUCAUAUUCACUGGAUGAAGGAUGGUCAACCAUUAUAUUCGGACAACAGGACAGUUUUCUCAAUGAAUAACAGAACAGUCUCGUUUUGGCCAUUGAAGCGUUCUGAUUCUGCAGACUACCAGUGUCUGGCAAUUAAUGCUGUUGGAAACAUGACCAGUGAACCUUACAGGCUGUUUGUCACCUAUGGACCAGAGAACCAAGUGAUUAAGGGACCCAAUAAGGCAAAGACGGGAUGCAUUGUUACCUUCACAUGCAAGGCAGUAUCAGAUCCCCCGAGUGAAUACAAAUGGUUCUUCAAUGGUUCUCUGGUCUCCAACAUGUCUGAGUAUAUGACACCUUCUCUAAGAAAAGAAAUGAGCGGGAAGUACAUCUGCAUGGCCUUCAACAGCAUGUCUUGGAAGAACAGCACCGCCAACAUAACGCUAACUGUUAUUGAUCCAAUUUACAGUGUGGAAAUAGUGCCCCAGAUUAAUUCUGCAAGGGAAAAUGAUUCAUAUAAUUUAACAUGCCAUGUAGCUGGGCCUGCUGAUUAUAUCUACUGGAUGAAAAAUGGUGAACUGCUGCUUGCAGACCACAGAACAGUUUUCUCUCUGUACAACAAGACAGUCAUCCUCCAGGCACUACGCCGCUUUGAUAAUGGACAAUUCCAAUGUAUGGCAAUUAAUGCUGUGGAAAACAAGACCAGCGAUCCGUACACGCUUCUUGUCAGCUAUGGACCAGAUAUGCCAACUAUCAACGGAACAAACAGAGUGAAUGUGGGAAGCAAUGUUACACUUUCCUGCUAUGCACCAUCCGUCCCACCGAGCCUCUAUAGAUGGUAUUUCCAUGAUUCUCUGGUCUCUAACAUGUCAGAGUACAUGACACCUGUUCACACUGAAGACAAGGGUGGAGAGUACACAUGCAUGGCGAUCAACAACAUCACCGGCAAACACAGCAAUGCCAGCGUGUUGCUCACAGUUAUUGGUCCAAUUAAAAGUGUACAAAUAGACACAUCAAAACCCCAUGCUUUGGAAAAUUACUCAUAUAAUUUAACUUGCCGAGUAACUGGAGUUGUUGAUCAUAUUCAUUGGAUGAAAAAUUGGGAAAAACUGCUUCCAGACAACAACACUGUUUUCUCUAUGGACAACAAGACAGUCACAUUCUGGCCAGUGGAUCGCUAUGAUGCUGGACGCUACCGAUGUAUGGCUACGAAUGCUGUUGGAAACCUGACGAGUGAGGCUUAUAUGCUUGUGGUCAACUUUGGACCAGAAGAGCCCACCAUUUGUGGCCCGGAUUUUGGGGAAACCGAAGGUGAUGCGGUCUUCAGUUGCUCUGCCACAUCAGUGCCUCCCAGUACCUACACUUGGUGGUUCAAUGACUCUUUGGUGGCCAAUACCUCAGAGUUCAUAGCUGGGCCUCUAACUUUGAACAUGAGUGGCACAUACACAUGUAUGGCCCACAAUCAUGUGACAAGAAAGAACAUCACAAACUCUACAAUGCUCACCGUUAUAGAGGCAAUAGAGUCAGUGAUGAUCCAAAGCAACACAACUCCAAUAAACUAUGAAAACAUUACCCUCACAUGUCACAUUGUUGGGCCCUUUGACACCAUCUACUGGAUGAAAGAUAACAUGCAGCUCAACAUGAAUGCCUCCGAAACAGACUCAUUCAUGUACAAUUUUGAAAAGAACAUGAUGCAUUUCACCCCAUUGACAAUAAACAGUAAUGGGACCUAUCAGUGUGUUGCUACCAAUAGGGCUGCUCAUCAUAAGAGUCCCCAUUACGCACUCAUUGUAAACUAUGGUCCUUUGAAUAUGAACAUCUCUGGUCCAGAGUCAGCAAAAGUUGGUGUCCCCGUGUCUCUGACAUGCUCUGCUGUCUCUCAGCCUGAGUGCAACUUUACCUGGUUCUUAAAUAAUCAAUCAACACCUGUCGGGAAAGGAUCCAUUUUAAAAUUUUAUGCAAAUCAAUCACAAACAGGGAAAUACCAAUGCACUGCAACAAACUCAGUGACAAACAUCACAAUGAUGCAAAGCAAAACUUUUGCUAUUGCAGAUCAUGCCUCUGCAAGCUACAUCCCAAACAAAGAAGUUCUACUGCUCAUGGGUCUGUAUUCUUUAUUUGCCCACCUGCUGUUUCUCUGAGUCCAGACUUCCUGCCUGACAGACCCCUACUGCCUUCAACAACAAUCUAACAGAAUAACUACUGCAAUAAUUCAAUAUAUAUUUUUAAGUAUAAAUUGUAUAAUCCUAUGCAAAAUAUUUUAAUUUCUCUAGUACUAUCACUGUUGCCACUUUUAUUACUGGUUGAGGUAGUUUAUUGAUAGUACAAGGCGUGUCUGUAUGUUUUACAAUAAGGGCUAUGAGUGCAAUCCUUUUAAAUAGCCAUCAAAUCCUUCAAUAGAAAUCACUAUAUUAACACACUUCUUAGUAAAGUAAUUAAUUAAACUAUAUUUAACUUCAUACAUGUAAUAACACAUUUAUUUAAUGGGGUUUACUUGCUAAUCAUCAAAUGAAACAGAAACAAUGAUUAUAUAGACUUUAUUGAGGAAGUCAUAAUAGGUUUUGUGGUAACAGAUGUGUGUGAAAUGUUAUGAGCACUUUGUUUAACAUGUAAAAUCUGUAUACAAAAAACAACCUACAAAUAAAAAGGCAUGAUGUGAUCAUUACAAA